AUGGAUAUAUACUCUCUAGCAGCAACAGCAGCAAACAAAGAAGAAAUAAAAUUAAAUAAAUAUAAAAAUAAAGUUUUGCUUAUCACCAACACUGCAACCAAAUGCGGAUUCACAAAACAACAUAUAAAUGAUUUUCUGCUGCUUAAACAAGAAUUCGGGCCACAGGGUUUCGAGGUCAGCAGCAGCAGCAGCAGCAGCAGCAGCAGCAGUAGCAGCAGCAGUAGUAGUCGGAGUAGCAGUAGCAGCAGCAGUAGUAGUAGGAGUAGCAGUAGCAGCAGCAGCAGCAGCAGCUGCUGCUGCAGCAGCAGCAGUAGCAGCAGCGGGAGUAGUAGGAGUAGCAGCAGUAGCAGCAGCAGCAGCAGCAGCAGCAGUAGCAGCAGUAGCAGCAGUAGCAGCAGCAGUAGUAGUAGUAGUAGCAGGAGUAGGAGUAGAGUAGCAGCAGCAGCAGCAGUAGCAGCAGCGGUAGCGGUAGCAGCAGCAGGAGCAGGAGUUGCAGCAGGAGUAGCAGCAGCAGCAGCAGUAGGAGUAGAGUAG